CGGGCGGGAGGUGCCCGGGAAGCGGGGCGGUCUCGCCUCGGGGCGCUGUGCGGUUGCUCACGAGAAUAAAAAGGAAUGCUACUUAAUCACAAAUAAUUGCAAGAUACUAAUGGCAAAUUCAUCCAGUGAUUCAGACAACUUUCUUACGAGUCGAACAGGAAGAAGGCUGCCUUUGAGAGCAUCCUACAACAGAACUCAGAACUAUGGUGCUGAAGCAGUUACAGAGAAGAUCCAUACUUUAGCAAGCACUUUACAGGAUACCAACAGAAAUCUGAGACAUGUUGACCAUUUGCUAGGACAGUACAGAGAAUACAACAAGGAACAAACCGAAGCAAUAACAACGCUAAAAGAAACGCUGGAACAAUCUAUAGGUCAAUUAAGGAGCCAGCGACUAACACGAAACUCUGGAAUGAGAAGUGCAUCUCUCUCAAGCUUAUAUCCUAGUGAUCUGGAUGGAGAAGGACCGUCAGGGAACCGCCACUUCCUGCCUACUUCUCCUCUCAGGGAUUACGGAGACUCACAGGGCAAUAAACAUCGAAGGUCUAGAUCUGCAAGUGUGCGAUUUGUCAAUGAGACAGAUAAUUGGGACCAGCUGCAUUCUUUCCAUCAGUCUCUUCGAGAUCUCAGCAGUGAACAAGUUCGCCUAGGAGAUGACAUCAGUCGGGAGCUUUCGAGGAGAAAUCGGACUGAUGCUGAAUUAAGAAAGACUCUAGAAGAAUUGUCUGAAAAGCUCACUGAGUCCCAAAGACAAGAAACGGUAUCAGAACGCGUAGAGAGAAGACUUCAGGAGAUAGAACAAGAGAUGCGUGCUGAAAGACAGCUUGUAGAAAGGCGCCAGGACCAAUUGGGACAUAUGUCUCUUCAAGUACAAGAGGCUUUAAGGAAGCAAGAUGCUAAAGCAGCUGAAACAGAAGAACUCAUGAAAAACAAACUUGUGAAAUACGAAAGUGAAAAAAACCAACUUGAGCAGGAAUUGGAGCAGUCUCGGAAAAAGUUGAGUGAAUCUGAAGGCAGUAGAGAAGUUCUUUUGCAUCAGAUUGAGGAUCUUCGUUCCCAACUUCUGAGAGCAGAAGAAGACCGUGUAGAAUUGCAACAUCAAAUUUCACAAGCUGCUAUGCAUCGCCAAAGCUACCAGGAUGUACAAGAUGAUGACAGGAGAGUUAGAGCAGUAGCUGAAAGAUACGAGAGAGAGAAGCAAGAUCUGGAGAAACAUAUUUUGGAACUUAAAGCAAAGCUGAAUCAUAAUGCUGUAAUGUCAGAGGUAGAAGAACUAAAGAGAUGCAUAGAGCGUAAGGACAAGGAGAAAGCACAGCUUGUAAUGCACAUACAGGUGUUAACAUCUGACCUGGAAAACAAGGAGAAGCAGCAGGAAAAAAUGCUGGACCAGCUAAAGGAGAUACAGAAUUGCUACAAGGCUUGUGAGAAUAGAUGUAGACAAACUGAACUCCAGUCUUCUGAGUUAGCUCAACAGGUUGAAGAAAGUACCAAAGAAGCAGAACGGUAUCUCUCUGAAUUCAAGCACUCAGAGGCACUCAGGCUGGAGACUGAGAAAAAAAGAGAAGAUUUGAAGGUGAGAGCACAGGAAGCCAUCCGCCAGUGGAAGUUGAAAUGUAAGAAACUGAGUCGUGAGACAGAAAAACAAAAUGAAACUAUCAAUGACCAUGGAAAGAAUAGUCAGGCCCUCAAAGAAAAGGAUGAUCUCAGAAGUCAGCUUCUCUCAGCUAUACACCAAAUAGAAAACCUCCGGAAAGAGCUGAAUGAUGUGCUUACAAAGAGAGCCCAACAGGAAGAACUCCUCCACUGUAAAGAGGUAAAACUGAACGAAGUGAAGUCACAUGAGAUAUCUCUUGAAGAAGAGAUCAAAGAAGUUCAAGGUACUGUAGAAAAAUUGGAGAAUGAAUUGAAAAAGCAAGUCUUUCUACAAAAUCAAAUGCAAACUGAGAAGGAACACUUGAAGACAGAACUUGCAACUAUUAACUUGAUCCAUAAAAAAGACCAAGAACGACUCUUAGAAAUGCAAGCAGAUGUAAAAAAUUUAAGCUCUGUACGUGUGGAACUAACAAACAAAAUAGCUGAAGCAGAGAAAGUCAAAAAGGAAUUACUUAAGAGCCUCUCAGAUCUCCAGAAACAGCAGGAAUCUAAGCAUGAAGAGAUGACUUCAGCUAACAGGCAGCUGAAGAUGGAAAGAGAAGUUCACCUACAGGAGUUGGCAGAUCUUAGAUCACAGUUACAAAAUGUCAAAAUCAAACAUGAACAAAAGGUUCAAGAACUCGUGAAACUUCUUAAACAGGAAAAGGAGGAUGCAGAGGCUCAAAUUAGAAUCCUAAAGAUGGAACUUUUAGAAGAGAAAAACACAGUCAAGACUCAGUGUCGACAACUGGAGAAGAUAAAAGUUGAGUGUGAUAAAUUGACAGAAGAAUUAACCCAAAAUGAAGAAGAAAAUAUAAAACUAAAACGGAAAUGUGAGUUUGUAAAACAAGAACUGGAGAAAAAGGAAAAACAGAUCAGCAAUGAGGAAGAUCAUUUGAGAAAGAUGAGUGAGGCCAGACUGCAGUUUAAGGAUCAACUACGUCACUUAGAAAUGGAACAGCAAUCCAUUCUCUCCAUGAUAGGAAGUGAAAUUGAUUCUGCUUGUGAAAUUUUUUCUCGGGACUCUGUGGAAAAAUUCAAAGCAAUAUCACUUUCACCAACAGUUCUGAAUGAUCCUCAUCGCUGGUUAGCAGAAACAAAGACUAAGCUUCAGUGGCUGUGUGAGGAGGUAAAGGAGAGAGAAAGUAAGGAAAAAAAGCUGCGAUGCUACUUACUGCAAAGCCGAGAACAGCUCCAGCACUUUACACAGAUGAAGGAGACUGAACAUCAGUCUCUCUUUAAGCAGAUAAAAAACCAAGAAAAACUUUUGGAAGAAGUUCACAGAGAAAAAAGAGAGUUACUAGAGAAGACACAUAGAAGAGAGGAAGAAAUGGGAGCUCUCCAGGAACGUAUUAUGGCCUUAGAAAUGAGCACUCGAGCAGCUUUAGACCAUCUGGAGUCUGUUCCUGAGAAACUGAGCCUGUUAGAAGAUUUGAAAGAUACUAGAGAGUCCCAUUGCCGAAGGGAGAUGAUUGAGGAAAGGUAUAUGAAGUAUAAAGAGAUAGUGAGUUCUUUACAGCAACAGCUGGAAGAUUCAAAGCAAAGAGACCAGCAAGUCAAGGAUGUGGAAAUGGAUGCUGAGAUUUCUGAUACAGAAGUGGCUCCUCAUUCUUCUAGCUGGCAAACUCAAAACAACUUUUUGUCCAGCUCACUGCUCUCAGAUUCAGGUUCACUUACUAAAAGAAUGGUUCCUUUUGAUACAAGUGCUACCAAGGAAGAUUCUACCAACGUUGCUGUCAGUGAAAUGAAGCUGCAAGCAGAAAGAGGAAAGCAGUAGAACACUUAUGAAACCACACCAGUUUUCUCUGUGGUAAAUUCCAUUCCACUCUUUUUUUGGUUUUGAAAAGUAGUAAUUCCAUCUGCUGUAGGAGUGAUGCACUCUUAAUGAUUCAUCAAUUGCCAAACACUGAAAUGAAAGAACACCAAGAGUGAUCCUGAUGAAGUCUUAUGAAAAUGUACGUGACUUGUACACCAAAGGCUUUCUGGGAUUUUGCUAUUCUCUUGUAUUUAUUUCUCCAAUACUCCUAGACUAAAUUUAUUGUAUUCCUGAAAUAUUAUGAAGUGAAAUACCUGUCACAUUGAUCUUAGCUAUGAGCUUAUUUAUCCCUAUACAGGAAUUGUUCUGACAGUUGGCUUUUUAUUACAUUUAAUAACAUUAUUAAUAAUGAAAAAAUAUCCAGAAAAUACCUGUUAUUAUGAGAGUCAUUAUACAGUGUUGUUCAGACACAUUUGUGAUUGUAGGUUCUUCAGUUUGCAAAAAUCAUUUAAGAAAGAAGUGAUAAAGCAAAAUUUUCUCAAAUUAUUGAAAAUUCAUAUCUUGGUUUCAGGUUCAGCAUAUAUCUGUUAUAAGCUGUCUAGAAUUAUUCUUCUGGCCAGAGCAGUUUUAUCAGAUGGCCUCUGGCAAGGCACUUUAAAGCAUCUGAAUCUCACCCUUCUGUAUUAAGAGUGUGGAAUGACACUGCUGUGUGGCUGUAAAAAUUUUAAUAUCAGGGUUUAAUGAUUAUUUAUUUAUUCUGUUUUAUUCUCUAUUAGAGAAGAUGUGGCAUAUUGAUUGUAAAAUUAUAUGGAAAUAUGAUAUUGCACAUUUUUAUUUGUUCAGAUAUCUAUGUUCUAAACAAAUUGGAUAUAAUUUUGCAUUACAGGAUUCUCAAAUAGCAUAUCACAGAAGAAUUUUCUGCUGUCAAAAGAAAUGCAAGUGUUUCUGAUCGUCCUUGUUUUAUUCUCCUCUCGAGUGCUUCUGGCUCAGUCACUACUAAUGUACUUUAAACGAUUUGCCAAAUCUGUCAGAGUACUGUAGCAACAUUAAUGCCAUUGAAACCAGUUUUUUUUUUAGACUUCUUUCUAUUUAGGAAGCCUAUUUCUUCUCUGAAACAGUCAUUUAUUAGCACUGUAGGUGUCUCAGGCAUAAUUCACAGGUCACCAUGUGCCACCUCAAAACAGGGCCUUAUUUUUUCUUUUUUUAAAAAUUUUUAAGUGUUUUGCAGUCACAGUGGGUUCUCUGGACAAUGCACUUACUUAACAACCACCUUGUAUUUGUCCUGUUUCAAACAGAACGUGCUGACAACAUCAAAACCAGACAUGGAAAUGAGAAAAAAAAUGAGUUUGUUCUCUUUUCAUUUUCUAUGCAUUUAAGUUGCUUAAAAUUAAAAAAAAAAAUCUGAUUUGGUUAAAAAAGUUUUUCUUACCUUUUGUAUGUGUGUAAUGCUGUGCACAGCAGCGCUGGCAUUGGCUUUUUGCAGACUUCUGGCACAUCUGUUUAUUCAGAAGGUCAAGAAAGCAAAACAGGCACAUCCAUCUCUUCUGAUCUCAACAAAAAUGACAGGGACAAGAAAAAAACAACAAAUAAACUUCUAUUCUCUACAAAGACGGUGGGUGUUAUGAAGCAGUGUUUAGCUCAAGCCACAGUUACCAUAAACUAAACUUACUUUUAGCGGAUCCAACAUUUGUAAUUUAUUUUUUUAAUUAGAUCAGAGCAGAGCUGGAAAUACAGUAUUGAAAAUAUUUUAUCCAGCUUUUCUGCUGAAAUAUUAAAAAUUGCAAAAUGAAAUGUCACCAGCUUACAGAUUUUAUGGUACUUACAAAUUAUGGCCAAAAUAUAGAAAGGUCACUUUAAAAUAUAUUAUGAAAGAGUAAAUCAUGCUCUCAAAACACAUUAUGUUGUAAUGGGGUCUGGUACGUGGAUUGCUGAUGGAUAGAUGUACGCUCAACCCAUUUUACUGAAGUUCAAAUGAUUUUUGAGGUAUAAGUGCCUUUUGGUAAAUGAAUUGGCCUUUAAGAAUGGACCUUCUCAGCUGAGAAGUAAUACACAGAAAAAUAUUGUCCUCUCUUUUUCCUAGGAAAUUUGUAAAAAUCUUCCACUUUUAUGUUUUUAUACAUUUUUUCGUCACCUGUAACUUAGAAAUCUGAAGUAUGCUUUCUUAAAACAGUAUCACUACUGCUUUAGAGUGUUAGAAAACUAAGCAUAAGCAAUCUGAUCUCCCUCACUAUUACAUCAAGUGUUGAAUUGAUUUUUGUACUAUGCAGGACAGAAAUUACUGCUAGGUGAAUAAUUUUAGCAUUAAGACUUUAAAUAUGCUCAGUGCUUAGUAUAUUUGCCAUUGGCUGUGUGACUGGGUUUUCUGUGGAGUUUUAUAUCCUUUUAUAAAAUUUUUUUAAAGAGCUGGAAUAACAGAAGUCA